AGAGGGAGGGGAAAGUUGGACACAGACAAUCCCAGAGCAACUUUUUCUCUUCUGUCCUUUCUUUGUGAAGGAAGAGUCCAGGAAAAAAGAGGAAGGAGGGGAAAAAUUGAAUGCUUGACACGCACGCAUGUCGGAUUCAUGUAAUCACAAAGUUGUGGAUUAAUCAGCAGUUGAAGUCAGCCGGUGGCUGAGGGAGGAAGAGGUAAGAAGAGGAGCUGCUUUCAGACGGGUUAAACAAUGUGGCUUCUGUGCUCCUCCCUGACUCUGUUGGUCGUCGGUUUCGGAUCAUGCGACACUCUGACGUCACAAGAAGGUGUACAAUGCCCGUCCUUACAAGUGGCUGAGUGGAAGUUUCCUCGGACGGCCAGGCAAAACAUUACUGGUUUUAAUUUGGUGAGGCGAUUCUCCUUGCUCAAAGACACAGAUGUCAGAAAGCUCCGCAACCCUCGAGGUUCUGUCAUCCUACGCCUUGGCAAGGCGUCACUCUUGCGCCCAAGCAAUCAAGUGUUCCCUCACGGCUUACCUGACGAGUUCACGUUGAUCUUCACCCUGGCUUUGAAAAAGUCUGCACUGAGGGACACCAUCUACCUCUUUCAGAUAUCGGAUCAGCAGGGGUAUCCACAGCUCUCGGUGGACUUCAGCGCUCCUGACGGCACCCUGACUCUGCGAGCCAGAGGUGCCGACCCCGAGGCCGAGCUGGUGAGCUGCGUCUUUAACGGCGAAGGCGUCGAAGCCCUGACGGACCUCCAGUGGCACAAGCUGGCCCUCAGCGUGCAACGCGACGCCGCCUCCCUUCACAUUGACUGCAACUCCAUCGAGACAAAGCCCCUCGAGCCCCGAGGCGUCCUGCAGACCGACGGACACACACUGCUGGGUGUUCGGGCCUCAGAUGCCGGACCGGUGCAGAUGGAUGUUCAGCAGGUGAUGCUGUAUUGUGACCCAUUGUUUGCAAUUGAAGAGACCUGCUGCGAGAUCCUCGGCGCUCGGUGCCCUACUGAUACUGCAAAGAGCCGUCGAGCAGCUGAAAACGACCUGGAUGAAAACAUGUUUAGCCAGGAUAUUUUUGCAUCCAAGGAUCUUGCAGAAAAAUGUGCUGGUUGUUUACUCCUGAGUAAGGAGGAAAAUGUUGUAAACCUUGGAGGAAAAGAUGGCCGGGGCGAUGGUUGCUCAGGUCCAUGCACAGAUGGAUCCAGGGGCCAGAAGGGCGAGAAAGGCGAGCCGGGAACGGCUUCCAACCGGGGUCAGGCAGCUGGGUACAAGGGAGAAAAAGGUCAGAAAGGGGAGAUUGGUCCGCAAGGCCUGACAGGAACACCGGGGAAGAAUGGUCAAGAACGAUCCAUCUGCGUCGUCGGCCCCAAGGGACAGAAGGGCACUCCGGGUUCGGUGGGUCCGGAGGGGUUAGCUGGGGAGCCAGGGAAGCCCGGACUUCCGGGUCUGCCGGGAUUUGGAAAACCGGGUCCACCGGGCCCUCCUGGCGAUGGUAGAGGUGGGAAGGGAGACCCAGGACCGAAAGGAGAAGGCGGAUUGCCAGGAGACCCGGGACCAAGAGGCCCAGGAGGUCCAAAAGGAGAGAAGGGUGACCCGUGCGAAGUGUGCCCGGUGUUGCAGCCCGGCCCUAAAGGAGAGCCCGGAUCGCCGGGGAUCGGAGAGAGAGGACUCCCUGGUGUCGAAGGAGCAAAUGGCAAAGCGGGACAGAAGGGAGAACACGGAUCAGAUGGCGCCAAAGGAGAGAAGGGAGAACCGUGUUCCGUGUGCCCCACCCUCGGAGAACUCCCACCUAAGCUCAUCCCUCGUGGCCAAACUCAAACUCUGCAGCUGAAGGGAGAGAAGGGGGAACCCGGGAUUGGACAGAAAGGAGAGCAAGGGGAGCCAGGAAACGUUGGUUUACCUGGCCUUAAAGGAGAGAAGGGUAAUGCCGGCAACGCGGGAGCUGCUGGAAAGCCGGGGAAACCUGGACCGAGGGGGGCUGCGGGGAAGGACGGACAGAGAGGUGCACAGGGUGAAGACGGGAAGCCCGGUGUGGGAACCGCUGGCCCAAAGGGUGAGAAGGGCGACUUUGGACCUGGCCCUCCAGGUCCCCCUGGACCUCCAGGACUUGGAGCUGAAGGCAAACAGGGACCAUCAGGCCAGUCUGGUGCUAAGGGAGAAAAGGGCGAGCGUGGAGAACAAGGAGACAAAGGAUUGAUCGGUGUCCCCGGAGUCCCGGGUUUGCCUGGAGACCCCGGUCAGGAUGGAUUAACAGGCUUGAAGGGAGAGAAGGGUGAUUCAUGUACUAGCUGUUUGUCUGCUGGCACGGCGGUGGGUGACGGCGUAGCUGUGCCAGGGCCCAAAGGAGAAAAAGGAGAUCCUGGGCCCCCAGGAGCGGGGAAACCUGGCAAAACUGGAAAUCGUGGCUUGCCAGGUGUGCAGGGUCCCUCUGGUCCCAAAGGAAGCAAGGGCGAUGCUGGGGCUGCAGGAGUGGGCCUUCCGGGACCACAAGGCAUUGAGGGACCAAGAGGUCUCCCAGGACUAGUAGGACCCCCUGGUGUUACAGGACUGCCAGGUUCUGUUGGCCCUGCAGGGGAAAAGGGAUCAAGGGGUGAUGCGGGACUCCCAGGGCCACAGGGACCACCAGGAUUUGGAGUAGCGGGACCGCCGGGUAAAGACGGAGCCUCUGGGCCCAGAGGGCUUCCAGGAGCUGACGGCGCACCCGGAUUUCAUGGAGCUAAGGGGGACAAGGGGGAACGAGGAGAGUGUAACUGCAACCCGCCUGGGCCUACAAUUGUAGGUGGACCUGGAGCCCCAGGAACCCCAACAAACACGUGGCAGCCCGGGCCUCAGGGCCCUCCUGGACCUCCUGGCCCUCCUGGCCCCCCUGGACCUCAGGGAGUCAUUGGAAUCCAAGGUCCUCAGGGUAUCCCUGGAAACGACGGCAUACCGGGUUUGCCUGGAAAGAGCAGCUAUACUGGACCACAAAUGCCUCAAGAUACAAGUAUAGAUGUGGGAGACGAGGAUUGUGGAGAGGGCUGUUCUCAGGGGCUGCCAGGGGUCCCGGGCAUGGCUGGUGCCAAGGGUGAAAAAGGAGACCAGGGCAAGCCUGGUGCAACAGUCAUGGACAGCUGUGACAGGUGUUUGGAGAGACUGCAGAGGACACAGGCGACUGAAGCGACGGGUGAUCGAUCUUGCACCGGAACACCCGGAAUUCCAGGAGUGCCUGGAGCAACGGGAAUAAAAGGAGACACCGGUUCUCCGGGAGAGAGGGGCUCACCAGGACCGCCAGGAAUCAUGGGAACCCCUGGUUUCCCAGGUCCUCAGGGCCCAUCUGGCUUAUCUGGUCAGCAGGGUGAACGAGGGUCGGCCGGCCUCCCAGGAAUGAAGGGCGAGCAGGGCCCUCCAGGGACGCCUGGUUAUCCUGGAACUAUGGGGCCACCUGGGUUGCCCGGACUGAAGGGUGAGCGUGGAAGCCCAGGAGGUGCUGGACAGAAAGGAGAAUCAGGUCCUCCUGGUAGCCCUGGGUAUCAAGGACAGGCUGGCUCUCCAGGCAUUAAAGGAGACACAGGACCAGCAGGGCCUGUUGGUUCCAAAGGUGACCAGGGUUUCCAAGGACAGCCGGGCUUUCCAGGACCACCAGGGCCUCCUGGUCCAGCCGGCAAACCUGGCAGAGAAGGCAUUUCUGGGCUCAAAGGAGAAAAAGGUAACGACGGUUCCACAGGUUCCCAGGGACCAACUGGGCCGCCUGGCUCACCAGGAUCUCCAGGCCUGAUGGGGCCUCCCGGUAUUGAGGGAAUAGACGGAAAAGAUGGGAAACCAGGACUGCGGGGCGAGGCGGGCCCCCCAGGCCCAGCGGGACCUCGAGGAAUCCCAGGAUUCAAAGGGAAAACAGGACAUGUAGGCUUUCCUGGACAGAAGGGAGAUGUCGGCCCUGCAGGCCCGCAAGGACCACCCGGCAGGCCAGGACAUGACGGGGACCAGGGAACCCCAGGACUUCAGGGUCGACCGGGUCCUCCAGGCCAGAUCGGUCCCACAGGGCCAGCGGGACCUCCGGGGCCUCCUGGCCCAUCAGGAGUGGGGAUACAAGGAGACAAGGGUCCCUCUGGGGAGAGAGGCCUCCCGGGGUUAGUUGGACCUACGGGACCACCAGGGCAUCCAGGACUGAUGGGAGAGCCUGGCAGCGACGGUGCUGCUGGUAAAGAUGGAACACCAGGCCUGCAGGGGGACAGCGGACAGCCAGGUCAAAAGGGAGAGCCGGGGGCCCCUGGACAGCGGGGCUCUCCGGGCGAGCGAGGUAGACCGGGGCCCCCAGGCGGAGGAGGAUAUCUCGGCAAGGACGCCCAACCCAUGAUGGGACCGGUCGGCCCUAGAGGGGAAAGAGGAAGCCCGGGCUCUGAUGGACUACCGGGACCUCCGGGUGCCCCUGGGUCUCCAGGAAACGAUGCAUUCGUUAAUUAUGACGACAUCAAAAACUUCAUUCGGCAACAGGUUAUCAAGAUCUUCGAUGAGAGGAUGGGCUACUACAUGUCUCGCAUGCAGAUGCCAGUAGAAAUGGUGGCAUCACCCGGCCGACCAGGGCCCCCAGGAAAAGAUGGUGUUCCAGGCACUCCCGGACCUCAAGGUCCUCCAGGAGUCCCAGGACAGUUCGGCAGGCAGGGUCGCCCGGGAGGACAAGGACUCCCCGGACCACGAGGACCGUCAGGAGUAAAGGGUGACAAGGGUGUUGGAGAGAUGGGAGACGUGGGACCACCUGGAGCACCAGGCAUUCCAGGCCCUCCAGGUUAUGGUAAAAUGGGACCUCCUGGACCUGUUGGCCAGCAGGGUGUUCCUGGGAUACCAGGCUCUCCUGGACAGCCUGGAACCAAAGGAAAGGAAGGCCGCUGUAAUCCUGCAGACUGUAUGAGCCAUCAAGUGGACUACAGCCCCAAGGGCCCGCCUGUCAAAGGCCCCUGGUAAGAUUCUACAAGAUGAAGGGAAAGCGGACUGGAACAAAGAGACUACAGCAUUUGGGGAAGGAAGCAAACCAAAGACAAAGACCCAAAGUUAUUCAGUAAGACCACAUGGCAGAAAGCAAAAGUUUUGGUUGUUUUUUAACAAAAAGGGUCCCGCCCGAACGGAGGCCUGUAAAGACACACCGACAGAAAAUUAUUGAACCAUUUUCUUCUACCCAGUUCAUCGCUUUAACACCCUUAGAUUUUUCAUUUCCCAAACUACGCUUUACAUCUUUUUGUGCUUUCAGGACAGCAAACUGAGAAAAGAGUCACAAUCUGUCUUUUCUUUUCCUUCAUAAUUCAGACUUCUGUCUCCUCUUUCCCCCAUUCUUCCUUGUGUUGGUCAUUUUGUGUGUCUAAUUCUGUAAGCAGGAAAAAAAUAUAUAUAUAUUUUAGUACGUUGCUUCCAUUUCUCCUAUCUUUGUUCCAGUCCUCAAACAAUUACAUUAGAGUAGAUCCCGAGCAUUUCUAAUAUUGUCAUGGUUGAAUUGAGUGAGGUGUGUCAUGUUUGAAUGUCACCUAAUGGACAGCAUGCUGGGAAAUGUAGUUUAGUUCUUUUGAAACAGAUUCCACGUAACAGGCAGACUUUCCUUGAUGGAUUGUUUUGUAGAUAUUUAUAUGUAUAUAUAUUGGCUUUUGAUACAACUCGGAGCUUCCUUUUUUUAAUGCCAGCGGUUAUUUUGCAAAAAAAAUUAAAGGAUUUUAUGUCUAUAAGCUUUCAAAUGAAAAAAAAAAUGGGUUCAGUGAAAGACAAAUUGUUUAUAGAAGUAAUUUGUAUUUAGACAGAAAACAAAUUGUGUCACUAAAGUUCAUCUAUUUGACUGCAUAUUUUAUUCCAGUUUAGUUCUAAUGAAAACCACUCUGUAUUAUUUGGAACUUUUUUCUUUUUUUUCUUUUGGAGAGUAAGGUUGAACUGUAGGCAAUUCGAUGCACUUCAUCAUAAUUAUGUCGCAAAUGCAGCUCAGCCAAUCCUCACUCUUCACCCUCAUUUCAGCAUGAAGAACAUUUUCACAUUUGCGUCCCAAUCACUCGAUUGCUGUUAUACGCAUCACUGUUUUAUUUGUUCCUUGUUAGUUGCCGAUGUUUCAACGUAAUGUUAGAUCUUCCGUCAAUAAAACGUCAAUAUGCGACAUUGCUUUCAGCCAAUUUUGUAGUUUUGAAGUUUCGACAGCACAGAUUUUUGUACUUUUUCAACCAGUUGGAACUUUGAACUGUGGUCAUGCUUUUGUUUCUUAAGAACUGUAAUUAAAAUGCUUUUCAAACAAA